CGUCGCCUUGAUUGGAGGAGGCGCCCCAGCCGGAGCAGGCGUCGGCGGGCGGAUGGCUGUGUGCUGCUCGCUCCAUGUGAGCAGAGCGGCGCUGAGGGGGUGGCUGCCCUCGGCGCGCACGGGGGGCGCCGCCAGCCGCCCCUGCAGGAGCAGCAGCCAAGGCCGUCCCGUGGGGAGAGCCUGCGGGGCGCGGCAGACAACUUCUCCCUCCUUUGGGUUCCUCUUUGAUAUUGAUGGAGUGCUUUUACGGGGCCGGCUAGUCAUUCCUGCUGCUAAGAAGGCCUUCCAGAAACUAACAGAUUCAAAAGGUCGGUUCCAUGUGCCGGUUGCAUUUGUAACCAAUGCUGGAAACUGCUCUCGCAACAGCAAGGCUGAGGAACUGUCUGAUGCACUUGGAUUUAAGGUUUCUCCCGAAUGGGUGAUCCUGUCCCACAGUCCUCUGCGUCUUUUCCAUCAGUUCCAUGACAAAUGUGUGCUUGUGUGUGGUCAGGGUCCUGUGGAGGAAAAUGCCAGAGACCUGGGAUUCCAUCACGUUGUUACCAUUGAAGAUGUGAGGAAGGCAUUUCCCUUGCUGGAUAUGGUUGAUCAAAGUCGGAGGCCAAAAGAGCUGCCUCCUGCACCUGCUGACUUCCCCACCAUAGAAGCUGUGAUUCUGUUUGGGGAGCCAGUCAGGUGGGAGACCUGCCUGCAACUGAUCAUUGAUGUACUCCUGAGCAAUGGGAACCUAGGGGUAGAGCUGACUUCUGUUCCAUACCCACAUCUACCUAUCCUCGCCUGCAACAUGGAUCUCUUGUGGAUGGCAGAAGCCAAGAUGCCAAGAUUUGGCCACGGCACCUUUCUUGUGUGCUUGGAGAACAUCUACAAGAAAAUGACUGGCAAGGAGCUGAAGUAUGAGGCCUUGAUAGGCAAGCCCAGCACUGUCACCUACCGCUAUGCUGAACAUGUGAUCAAGCAGCAGAUGGAGAGUUGGGGCUGGACAUCCCCUCUCCGCCAGCUGUACGCUAUUGGAGACAACCCAAUGGCUGACAUUUAUGGUGCAAACCUCUACAACCGUUACCUCCAGGCUCAGGCUGAAGUAAGUGUCACUGCAAUGGCAGCAGAGAGCGAGGAACAUGUUGAGAUGCAAAGAGAUCACAGUGUGUCCAUCACCUCUGCAGAGAGCUGCCAGUCCAUACUGGUCUGCACUGGGGUCUACAAUCCCCAGGGAGAUGUGCCUGCUGACCACAACGAGAACAUGUUGGAGACUGUAUUCCAUGGGCACCGGGACUUCCAUUUUGAUCCAACCUUGGUGGAGGCCUCUCACGUUGUGCACGAUGUGAAUGAUGCUGUGGAGCUCGUCUUUCAGAAGGAGAACUGGAAACUGGAAUGAUAAGUCCGGUGUUGCCAGCAUCUCAUGGGGGCAGAAGGGCAGAGGCAGAUCUGAGCACUGUCUUGUUCAACCCAUGCCAAAGUAAAGGAAAGUUCUCCCAA